AUGAGAAAUCACACAGUCAUAACAACUUUUAUCCUGAUGGGACUGACCGAUGACCCACAACUGCAAAUUCUGCUUUUUAUCUUUCUAUUUCUCACCUAUAUGUUGAGUGUAACGGGGAACCUGACUGUUAUCACCCUCACGUUGGUAGAUCAGCACCUUAAAACUCCUAUGUACUUUUUCCUCAGAAAUUUUUCCUUCUUAGAAGUCUCAUUUACCACAGUCUGCAUUCCUAGAUUCCUGUACAGUAUAUCAACUGGGGACAAUACCAUUACCUACAAUGCUUGUGCAAGUCAAAUAUUCUUUGUUAUUCUCUUUGGAGCCACAGAAUUUUUUCUCUUGGCAGCCAUGUCCUAUGACCGCUAUGUGGCCAUCUGUAAGCCCCUUCAUUAUAUGAUCAUCAUGAACAACAGGGUGUGUGCCUUUUUAGUCUUUGGCUGUUGGGUGGCCGGUUUGAUGAUCAUUGUCCCACCACUUAGCUUGGGCCUCCAGCUUGAAUUCUGUGACUCCAAUGCCAUCGAUCAUUUUAGCUGUGAUGCAGGUCCCCUCCUAAAGAUCUCAUGUUCAGACACCUGGGUAAUAGAGCAGAUGGUUAUACUUGUGGCUAUAUUCACGCUUAUUAUUACCCUCGUCUGUGUGAUCCUGUCCUACUCGUACAUAGUCAGAACAAUUCUUAGAUUCCCUUCAGUUCAGCAAAGGAAAAAGGCCUUUUCCACCUGUUCAUCCCACAUGACUGUGGUGUCCAUCGCCUAUGGAAGCUGCAUCUUCAUCUAUAUCAAGUCCUCAGCAAAGGAUGAAGUGGCCAUAAAUAAGGGAGUUUCAGUUCUCACUACUUCUGUGGCUCCCUUGUUGAACCCUUUCAUUUACACCUUGAGGAACAAGCAGGUGAAGCAAGCUUUCCAUGACUCUGUGAAGAGGAUUGUAUUUCUCUCAAAGAAAUAG